CAGCAAGCUUGAACUCUCUGUUGCCCCGUGAGUUUCUCUCAAACAGACCCCAACUUGUCCUGUAGCGAGCUGUUUAUUUGUCCCUAACAGUUAAAAGCUCUAAAUUGUACCAUGAAUAGUUUAAUAAGAUCUACUGGCAGGUGUUUACGUUCCGGCGCGGCCGCGUGCUUACUCAGGACGGCCGACGGACGUGUUGGAGCGGCCUCGGCCCGGUUCCUCUGCUCGGCGGCGGACGUCCAGAAGGACCUUGGCGAGCUGGUGAAGAAGGACAAGGUUGUGGUGUUUAUGAAGGGGACCCCCGCUCAGCCAAUGUGCGGCUUUAGCAACGCCGUGGUGCAGAUCCUCCGGAUGCAUGGGGUGGACCAGUACUCUUCUUAUAACGUCCUGGAGGACCAGGAGCUGAGGGAAGGAGUCAAAGUGUUUUCCAACUGGCCCACCAUCCCUCAGGUCUACUUCAAUGGCGAGUUUGUGGGAGGCUGCGACAUCCUGCUUCAGAUGCACCAGAAUGGGGACCUGGUGGAUGAGCUGAAGAAGCUGGGAAUCCGCUCUGCUCUGCUGGACGCCGAGAAGGAAUCCAAGUAGAAGA